GGCUGACACUGACAGCGCGGAGACCGAGAAAGAGAAGAUGGUAGCGGAUGAUGGGGGCAAGCCCGCAGAGCUCUCGAAGAGCGCGAGGAAGAAGCUGCAGAAGCAGGAGCGGCAGGCGGAACGUAAAGCGGCCCGAAAAGCGGCGGAGAAGGAGCGACGGCGCGCCGACAUAGAGCGGCGGAGGCGUGAGUGGGAGGACGCUCUUGCCGCCGCGCCGUCGGAUGAGGCCCGGGCCGAGAUGGUGGCGGCGCGGCGGGAGACGCGGCGCGAGCGGGUGGGCCGGCGGGCGGAGGAGCGCGGGGCGCGAGCUGACCGGCUCAGGCGCGCGGCUGAGGGCGCGGGCCAGAAGGUGGUGCUGGACCUCGAGUUUGCGGACCUUAUGAGGCCCAACGAGAUUCAUAGCCUCACGCAGCAGAUUAUGUACUGCUAUGCAGUGAAUGGGAGAUCUGCAAACCCAGCUCACCUGUGGCUGACAGGUUGCAGUGGUGAAAUGGCGACCCAUCUUCAGAGAAUUCCUGGGUAUGAUAAGUGGAUCAUUGAAAGGGCGGCCAGGCCUUAUAUUGAAGCAUUUGAAGACCGUAAAGAAAACCUCGUGUAUCUUACAGCAGAUGCUGAGACAGUGCUUGAUGAUCUAGACAUGUCGAAAAUAUACAUCAUCGGCGGCCUGGUGGAUCGAAACAGAUGGAAAGGCAUAACACUGAAGAAGUCAGCUGAGCAGGGAAUUCAAUCUGCAAAGCUUCCUAUUGGAAACUACCUAAAAAUGUCAAGUUCUCAGGUUCUUACAGUUAACCAAGUGUUUGAGAUAAUGUUGAAGUUUGUGGAAACAAGGGACUGGAAGACGGCAUUCUUCCAUGUGAUUCCACAAAGGAAGCGAGGAGAAGCUGAGACCAGAGAUGACGUGGAAAAAGGAGGCCUGGAUGACAACGAUGGCGCCGCCGAAGGGGCUGCAGAUGGAGACCAUUCCGAGGAAGACCUGAACAAGGGCUUCGGUGAGGAGGAGGACGAUGAUGGGGACGAAGAGCUGGAAGAGGAAGAAGCAGAUGUCUCCAACAAGAGGCAGUGUGUUAGAGUUGAAAACGGGGAAGCUGGGGAUGCCACCGUAGCAGAGGUGGAACCAAACAACGGCGGCGGCGGCGGGGGCGGGGACCGCUGAACAGUGAACAGCACCACCACGUUUGUCGCUAACUCGCUAUUUUCACAACAGCAUCGGUAUUGGAUUUUUGAGCGUUGUCUCUGGCAUUUUUCAUGUAUUUUAGGGCUAGUUUGGCAAAUUCAUUUUUCCAAGUGAUUCCGAUUUUCCUAAGGUAAAAUGAACUAAUUUCCUUGGAAAAAUGAAAAAAAAAAUCACUAGUAAAAAUGGGAUUGCCAAACUGUCCUUUAUUAGACAAUUUCUGCCGUACUCUACUCGGAACUGAAUAACUGACCAGCUUAGUUAAAGUUAAAGCAGGCCAAUGAAUCGAGCAAUGGUGACAGGAACUGAUGAACAGCGAAGCUCACGUUUGUUUCUCUUU